AUGAUUGCCAGCGCUGCUCGGUUCGGUGCCCCGGCCACUACAGAGAGCCUUGCCAGAGCGGAUGCCUGGGCAGAUGCGGCAAUUGGCGCACUUCUCCCUCGCAUUUAUGAAGGGUUCGGCGUUGUUCAGCUUAUGGCAGUGCUCCUUGCGCAACACUAUGACCUCCACCGAGGAAAGUUUACAUCGGCGUGGCUUCUGGGAGCUAGCUGUGCACGCAUGAUGCAAAUGAUGUCGCUGCAUGUCUUCGACCGUGCAUACCCCGUAGACUUCCCAUCUCACCAACGCCUGUCACCUCUCUUGUCGCGCGAAGCUCUUCGUCGGCUUGCAUGGGCCACAUUCUAUCUCGACUCCAUGACUGAUGGUGGUCGAUAUGGUUCCCAGACAAUCGAUGAGCGCGCAUACCGAAUCCAGCUGCCCUGUGACCAGGAGAGCUUCCUGGGGGAUGACCAUGCAGUAACAGAACCUUUAAUUCCAGGAGAUAUGAGCACUGUGCAGGCUAUCAGAGAUGGCGUCCCACACGCCUCCCUUGACAUGUCGGCCUAUCUACUACGCGCUGCGGCCGCUCGCCGUCGCGCCCUUCACUUCGCUUACCGUGCCUCAUACCAGGAACAUACAGUCGAACAGCUAUCUUCAGAUCUGUUGCUACUACGAGAGGACUUGGAAGCUGUUUUUGCAGACCUACCACGUCGUUUUCAGUUUAAUCCCGACAACCUAAUCCUCCACCUUGAGCGACUUCCAAUGUUUAUCUUGUUGCAUGUUGUGCGACGCAAUCUGUUCAUCAUUCUUGGUCGCGCUGCAUUGCAAAUCUAUCUACGGGAUCCUACCAAGGUGGAUGCAGUAUACCAAGUCCGCCGCAACCGAAUCUCGCACGCUCUCGCUGUCUCAGACUUAGUCUCUGCGGGUUUGAAGGAGAGCAUCACCUUUGAUCCACAUAUUGGUGUGCAGGCCUAUGUCGCUCUCGAAAUUCUUCUUUUUGAGCCUCGUCGCUUAGCCAGUGUUGAUGACUUCAAUGAGACCAACACCCCCGCCUUAACUGAAGGAAUCGUGCACUGCCUGACAGUUAUUCGAGAUAUCUCCGCUGCAUCAGAACUCACUAAGCAUUUGUAUCUGGAAGCGGUUCACCGUCUGAUAAAGUGCGACUGCAUCCACCUCCUACACGAGAGAGACCUUGCCCUCAUUCACAGUAAACAUUACCUAGUCGGACAGGACGCAGCAGAGUUCGACUUUCGUGACCUGCGAGGAGCCAAAUUGGAACGCCUAAGCAAACGAAGCAGGGCUGCCGAUGAUAAUACAAUCAAUGCCACCCAUGAUGAAGUCCUCCUAUACGACUCCCUGAGUCAAGAGGCUUCCAACUCUUCGACGGCCACGUCUCCACAGCCAGCUGCACUAGGUGCCAGUAAUCCUCAGGUGCAUCUUGCUGAAAACCAUCCCGCUGUUUCAGAAACCCCUACAGCACCCACUUUGCCUUCGGACAUGCAAAUGGGAGACUAUGGCAUAUUUCAAGAUGGCCAACAAUGGAGAGAGCUCGUAGAGCCUGGGAACACAGACCACCUGUUUUCAUCGCUCAACUGGCUCUGGCCGUUUGAUGAAUGGAGUGAUCAGAUUGUACCGCCGGCCGGUCCUCUGGGAUUUCUCUAG